AUGUUUUCAAAUUUUAGCCAGAAAUCAUCUCCGUUUGGUUUAGUUCAGUCAGGUUUUUGUCAUGGAAAAUGUAAAGACUCUGGAAAAAUUCAGGAGCCGAAAGGUCCGAAGAUCAUUACCGAUUUGCCUGGACCGAAAACAAAGGAACUCAUCGAAAAAUUGAAACCAUUCCAAAAUAUUUCCAGUAUACAACUUUUCGCACAAUAUGGAAAAUCUAUCGGAAAUUACUUGCAAGAUGUCGAUGGAAACGUACUUUUAGACCUCAAUAUGCAACUGGCCACUAAUCCUCUUGGAUAUAAUAGUACCGAACUUAUGAAAGUCUAUCAGGAUCCAGCAAAUAUCCAAACCAUAAUUAAUCGACCAAUUCUGGAAAUGUUUCCAUGCGAUUGUUGGCCAAGCAGAAUAGAAAAUAUGGUUAAAAAGGUGUCUAUGAAUCUACCGAACAUAUCGAUGUGUUCUUGUGAAUCGACCACAAUUGAAAAUGCAUUCAAAUCUAUGAUGAUUUCGUUUCAAAAACAUCAGAGAGAUGGAAAUGAAGCAGUACUAGGGUCCGGUUGUCCGAAACUAUCUAUAUUAUCCUUCAGGAACUCCGACCACGGACACACUAUGGGAGCAUUAUCUGCAUCCAAUGCUAUAUCUAGUGCUAUCUUCAAGCAAGACGUUCCGUGUUUUGAUUGGCCAGUGGCGCACUAUCCCUGCUACCGGUAUCCCUUGGGCGAAUGCGAAUGUUACAACGCAUACCAGGAUGAGAAAAGUUUGGACAUGGUGAAGGAUCUCAUCAAAAAAUGGGACGAUAAAGGUAUGCCUGUAGUUGGAAUCGUAGUCGAACCAAUUCAAAGUCAAUGCACGCAGUGUCCUUCCUCCAAGUUUUUCCAAAAUCUCCAAGAACUCACCAACAAAAUAGGAAUUUACCUAAUGUUCGACGAAACCAGGACCGGUUGUGGUUCAACUGGGAAAUUUUGGUGCAUUGAAAACUACUGCUUAAAAUGUCCAGUGGAUAUAUUGGCGUUUGGAGGGAAAACUCAAAUUUCUGGAUUUCUACAUACUGAAGAUUUGAAUUCGAGGAAACCAAAUCAUAUUAUGGAUUCAUGGAUGAGAGAUCCUCUCAAACUGAUUGCUUUCGAGGCGAUUAUAGAUAUAAUUGAGAAAUUGAAUCUACUUGAAACAGUGAGGAACACCGGAAAAAAGCUGAAACAGUGUUUGUUGGAUAUGGAGUUGGAUCACUACGAUUUAAUUCAUUCGACAAGAGGACUGGGCACAUUUUUGGCAUUCAACGCACAAUGUCCAAAGCUCCGCGAUGACAUAUGGAAACGACUAAGGAAAAAAGGUAUAUUAUGUGGAAAAUGUGGAGAGGAUGGUAUAACAAUACGACCAUCGCUGACAUUCAAUGAUAAUCAUGCGAAUAUAUUUCUUGAUAAAUUGGAAGAAGUGAUAAAAGAAACCGAAUUGGCCAAACCAAAUGAGAAGGACCAGCCCAAGAAAUCUCUCAGUAAUCCAAAAUGCGAAACUUCACAAAAGCCAAAAGUACUCAAAGAACAGAAAAACAACAUUGAACCGAAAAAAUCCAUUUGCGACUAUUCGAAGAAAAAUAUGUCAAAGGAAACAGUGAAACAAGAAGAGAUAGCUCACAUAAAUGAUGUACCGAUAAAAAGUAAACAAACAAUGUCUAAUAUAAGGUGUGGCGUUGAUAGUACAACAAAGGAUGGCAAAAUGCAUCAUAAAGAAGGUACCGACAGUGAUGGCCAAUGCAAAAAGAAAAUCAGAAAAUGGAAGGGAAGUAGCCAUACAAAUAAAAAAAAGCGUGUAUGUCCUAAAAGUUGGGCCAAAAAGAAAACUGAUUAG